AUGUAUGCUUCAAAGCCAUAUGAGAAUUGACAACCAAAUCCUCAUCUGAGUAGUUACUUCAGUAAAGAUUUACCAAUUUGAUACACUGAAGCUGUCAUGGAGACUUCCCCUUCAACAACCAAGUACUCCUGGAAGCCAAACGCUCAGGCUUAUAAAACUCCUGCUUUUAAAAUAAAGGAAAGAGCGAAUCAGAAAGUGCCAAGGAUUAACUUUCCGAGGCAAAAAUAGUGCAUUUAUCCAAAGAGAAAAUGCCAAAAUUAGUGAAAAGAAUAGUGUGAUGUCCAUCCAUACAAAUAUAAAAUUUGCUAACCCCCCAGAAGUCACUGCUUCGAUCUACCUCAAUCCGAUCGGUUCCAGGAGCUUCAAAAAUCAUAAGAAAAGGAAGGAUCUCAGACUAUCUCGAUUCAGUCAGAGACCUGACAGACCAGAAACUCCUGAAGUCAAAAUAAAGCAGAAAUUCCAUGAACAAGAGAAGUCUCUAACAGGCACAAUAGACAUUCCUUUUGCCAAGCACCAGCCUGCUGUUGUCUCGGCCUGUCAGAAGUCUAAGGAUGAAGACCAAACUGUUGAAAUGAUGUACAACCAGUGGGUCAAAGGGAACAAAUAACGACCUUGCUAAUAGCCAGGAAUUUGAUAAAAUCGCAACUAAAUACAGAAUAAAUGAGAUCGAUAGGCAUAUCACAAGUAUUCGUAAGAGAAUGCAGAGUGCUGUAAAGAGCCGUAAUCCCUGGGAGAUUCGUUCAAAGAAGACGGAGAGUGACAUCCAGAUUUUCACUCGCAACAGAGAGAGUCUUUCCAAGUGUAUUCCUUUUCGGAUAAAAUAUAGCAAACAUUUCUGAGAAACUUGUCAGGAAAUCUCAACAACGUUUUAGAAGGAAUGAUACUGAAACCCAAAAAGCAAAGAAGAAAAAUCUCCGUUUGAGACUUUUUAAAGAGCGGAACUGGUCUGCUGUAAGAAAUUUAAACUUGAACUUCUAG